AUGAGGCAGCAGGCGCGGAUUGCAUGGCUGGGAGUGCCGAAUGAUUAUGGAAGGCCUGUAGUUCACUUGGCAAAGUUUACUCUGUGCAACAACACAGAUGCCAUUGAACUUGACAAGUCACCUUCUGUGCGUUCUCCUGCUGCUAUAAUUCUCGAACUUCCAAAGGCUGUGUACCUCCUCAUUGGUGCAGAAUUUUGUGAAAGAUUUUCCUUUUGUGGCAUAAGAACAAUAUUGUCGCUGUAUCUGAGGAAUAACUUACUAUUUGAUGAAAAUACUUCCACAGUUAUAUAUCAUGUAUUCAUAAUGCUAUGCUACGUAGUUCCAUUGGUUGGAGCCAUUUUAGCAGACAGUUUCUUGGGAAGAUACAAAACAAUCUUGUAUUUUUCUCUCAUAUACACUGCUGGAAACAUCUUACUGUGUCUUGCUGCCAUUCCUCCAAUUUCUCUUCCUCCAGUAUUAUGUUCAUUGAUUGGACUGUUACUUGUAGCUGUUGGAUCAGGUGGAAUAAAGCCUUGUGUUGCAGCGUUUGGAGGAGACCAGUUCCACUUGCCAGAGGAAGAAGAACUGCUUGACAAAUUUUUUUCCUAUUUCUACUUCAGCAUUAAUUUUGGUGGAUUCAUUGGAAUGAUAUUUACACCCAUUUUACGCAAAUCGUUUAUGUGCUUUGGAGAUGAUCAGUGUUAUGCAGUUGGAUUUGGGUUCCCAGCUCUACUUGUCAUAUUGUCAUUGUAUCUGUAUGUUUUUGGUAAGGAUCUAUUCAGAAUCAGAUGUCCAAAGGAAAACAUUAUACUGAAGUUUAUAUGCUGUACGUAUUAUGCUGUUAAAAGAAGACUGGAAUCUAAAGUCCUUUACACUGAUCACUGGCUGGAUGCAGCUAUUGAAAAAUACAGUGAGAAGUUAAUAGAUGAUAUGAAAAUUGUGUUCGGAAUUUUUUUUCUGUUUAUUCCAGUUCCAUUAUUUUGGAGCUUAUUUGAUCAACAGGGUUCACGGUGGACAUUUCAAGCUUCACGUAUGUGUGGGGAUUUUCUGGGAAUGCAACUGAUACCAGAUCAGAUGCAGGUCCUAAAUCCUGCCAUUGUUCUGGUACUAAUUCCCUUGUUUGACAGAUCAAUUUAUCCUGUAAUUGGAUAUAACAACACAGUGUCAUCACUUUUGACAAAAAUGUUUGCCGGUGGCAUCAUUGCAAGUUUUGCUUUCAUCACUUCUGGAGUGAUAGAGAUUAAACUAGAGGAAUCAUAUCCAGUCCUACCUGAAAAAGACAGUACUCAUUUGAAUUUCAUCAAUACUGUGCCAUGUAGAAUUGAAAUUGUUAAUCCUUUCAAUGGUUUACAAACAGUUAAUGGAUCUUCAAACUUUGUGUUUAAGAAUGUGAAUAUAAAAAAUAUAACUGCUUAUGACUUCAUGGUUUUUGCUCCAUCUGACUGUAGUCACUUGUUGAUUACUGAACAACAGCUAUACAUUAAUGUGUUAACCUCUGAACAACAGGUAGAGGAGAUAAUUAUAUGUGCAGUAAAUUCUCAGCUAAUGGCCUACGUUACACAGUUUGAAGAUCUGAACAAAACUCCGAGUGGAAAAUCUAAAAUUAGGUACAGUUCAGAAUAUAUGGAUCUUCAGUAUCGUAUGAUAAAAGUAAGUUCUAAUCUAACAGUCUGGUAUUACUUUUAG